AAAAAAAGAAGAAGAAGAAAAGCAAAAGUUUCCUUGUUGUGGUCGGUUGGUUGGUGGUCUCGACAUAAACAAUAACAGAAAUAAGAGAUUGUCUACAGCUGUGGUGUAGCAGAAGUUCUCACAGCCAUCAGUAUCAAGCCAUCAUGCCAGUGCAAAGGAUGCGAAUGCGCCCUUGGCUAGAAGAACAGAUUAACAGUGGUUUAAUAAAGGGCCUCAGGUGGAUUAAUAAGGAUGAGAAGAUAUUCCAGAUUCCUUGGACUCAUGCAUCAAGUAAUGAAUGGGAUCUUGAUAAAGAUGCACCAUUGUUCAAGAACUGGGCAAUCAACACAGGGAAAUACCAUCCAGGAGUUGACCAGCCUGAUCCAAAGACAUGGAAAGCUAACUUCCGCUGUGCAAUGAAUUCUGUUCCUCAUAUUGAAGAAGUGAAGGACAAGCAUAUGAAAAAAAAAAGCAAUGCAUUCAGAGUUUACAGGUUUCUAGUGGAACCUGAGCGGCCUGUAAAGAAAGGAAAGGAGAAGAAACCGAAGGGAUCUAAUGAGCUAAAGAAGACCAGAUGGAGCAAGAGACUGAUAGCACAGAGACCAUAGUCCUUUUUUUCUGAUUAACAAACUCGGCUGACACCAUCAACGUCAAGUUAACGUUAACCAGCUUCCAAUGGGCUGAUGAGCGCCUUGGCUAGCCUGCCUUAUGUCUCUGAAGUCCCUCAUCCUUCCGUGACGCUGCACAUCCAAUGUCUGGACGGAGGGAUUGCUCAGCAAGAAUGCCUACUGCCUAACAUCAAUCUGCAAGAGAUCUGCAGCUGCCACGACCACCGAGCUGCGGCUGACAUGCGAGCUGCCAUGCUAGCAUCUACCGGUGCCUGGAGUCUGGAUUGAGUGCUAAGAAACUCUGAUGACAGCGUCAACCAUCAAACAACAAACGGUCACUGUCUAGGACCACCGAGCUGAUAAUCAGCAGGGUCGCCCAUCACAAAUUCGGACUGUGUCCUUCCAGUGCUCUCCAGACUGCCAGUGAAUUCUCCGGGUUUGUCAGUUAUAAAGAACUUUGUUGGUGUUGCAUCGUGAAGACACAGCUGUGCGCAGUUUU